AUGUGGCCAUCCACGGAUGACCCUGCUGUCGAAGGGAGCAUUGAAUAUUACAAGAAGAAAGUUGCGGAAUUGGAGAAGGAGAGGGAGGACCUCGUUAAAAAGGUUGCGGACAUUCAACUUGAAUAUCAAAAGUUUCAUGACCAAGAAUGGGAGCUUAGAAGAAGAGAAGAUGAAAUUGAUUCUUUAAAAAAAGCGCUUGCUGACGCUCAGCUCCAUAUUUUUGAUGAAAGAGAGCAUUCCAUGCAUUUACAACACCAAAAUGACGCUCUGAAAAUCCAAGAAAUGGAAGAUAGAAAGAAGAUUAGAGACCUACUUGCCCUUACACAACCUGUCACACAAGAAGUCACGUACUUUAAGGAUUGUAGACCUGAUCAAGUGACCAAAUAUAUGCUCAACACAAAAACGAAUAAGGUUGUUGUAAGUGAUCCAAAGAAGGAUAACAAAGAUAUUUGCAUGGAAGAAUAUAUUAAAUCGGCAGGAGACUCCAAAAACUCUUCAACUAAAUUUACCAAAGUCAAACCAAAAGUUUGCUCCAACAACAAUCCUCAGAAUCAUCAGCAACAACCAUCCAGAAUAUUAAGAACAAUUAUUAUGCCAAACGAAAAAACAGACACCCUUCUUCUUCAAGUCGAGUCACUGCAGGCACGACUCGAAGAACAUGUAAAACUAUCAAAAGAAAAGGAAGAGGCAUUAUUAAAGGAACGACAAAUCUUAAUGGAAGAGGAAGAAAAACGGCGAGAAAGAGAUCGACAAACUAUCAUGAAGCUUCAAAGAGAUUAUGAGGAAGCACACAAAAAGCUUCAAGUUUGCAAUAGAGAAUAUUUUGUGACGUCACAUAAUUUAAAGUUAGAGCUUCGAAAGCAAGGAGAAACCAUCGAUAAGCUGUCUCAAGAAAAUUUAUUCUUGAGGAAACAAAUUGAAAAGCUGAAAGAGCGAUCACAAGAAGAGGCUCGGCUACUUAUCAACAAUGCCAGAGAACAGACCGAAGAAUAUGCUCGAUAUUUCAGAGAACAGACCAUCAUGAAAGAAAAUGACAUUAUGCAUUUACAAGACCAGCUUGCAGCCAAGAAAGAAGAAUACAAUCUCAAAAUGAAGCAAAUGGAACUAAGCAUGCAAAAACUUCAAAAGAAAUACAAAGAUUUGGCAAAAAGAAGAAAUUUAGACAUUGAGGGAUUCAACAACGACGUUCUACUGCUACGAAGAAAACUAUUAUCGUUGCAACGAAAAGUAAAGCAAAAGGAAAAACAUUAA